CUUCAAGCUUCAUCUCCGUCCUUCCGGACCUACGGUGGCUGACAAGGGUUGCUCUUGACGUCUUGUCUUCGGAACCCUUGUCUCCACCCUCUCGUUUCAAUCUUCCGCCAUGGCAGGCAUGUCAGCCUGGGACUCAACUUCGGUCAAGGCGACAUUGAGAACCGCCGCGCAGCGCCUGGGUCAACUUCAAAGCCUGAAGGACACUCACGGACGGGCCCUUCGCCGCGAAAUCGCAGAUUUAUUGCAGCAAGGCGAUGCCUCCCAAGCACGGGCUAAGGCCCAGAGUCUUCUUCGCGAGGAAGCAGAUGCAGAUCUCAUGGAGAUAUUGGAAAUGCACAUAGGUGUUAUCCUGGAGCGGUUUCGGGAACUUGAGGAGGGAAAAGCGACAACUCCGGUAUUUAUUGAGGCUGCUGGAAGCAUCAUUGUAGCCGCGCCUAGUGUGUCACUUCCAGACUUUAGUGUCGUGCGCAACAUCUUGGUUCAUCGUUUAGGUCAUCAGUUCGCCCGUUUCGCAAUUGAACAGCAGAACGGCCAUGUAUCACCACGAGUCUUGCGAAUCACCUCCUCGCCUUCUCCGUCAGCCGCUACGAUGAACCAGUUCCUCCAUGGCAUCGCUGCGAGCCAUGGUAUUUCCUGGGUUUCCGAACCUUUGCGCGAGGACAUUCGAGAUGUUCUUCUUCGAAUCUUGGACCCUGUCGGGUCCCACAUGGUGGACCUGGGCCAAUUGCGACACAUGUGCGGGCAAGGCAUCCCCGAUAAUCCUUCAUGGUUACGACCUCGCGUAUGGAAGCUCUUUCUGGGAAAUUUGCCUGCUUCGAAGGCCUCGUGGUCUAAAGAUUCAGAAAGUCAACGAAGGAGUUACUAUGAUCUGGUACAGCGUCUAUUACCGGUUGUGGGCACUUCACUUGGGGAUCAGCCCUCGACUUCCCACGGCAAUCUCUUCACAUUUGCCACUCUCUUGCUGAAUUUGCCGACCCACCUCUCGAGUGUAUUGGUAGACGAACCCAUUUGGCUGAAAACAAGCCCCUCAAGCCAAGAUACCGAUACUGAUACGAAGGACAAUCGCGCCGGGGCCCUGAAUGCUAGAUUAAUAUCCCUCCUUCACAAUCAAUCUGAGUCCACCGACCAGAAAGUACGCGCUGAAAUGAAGCGCUUGGAAAAGAUGGACUUGGCCAGGCUCGACGGCAGUUCUUCUGGCAACGACGACAUUCACUAUGCCCACUUCUCGGCACUCCUGCGCAUCCUGUUCGUUCAUUCAUGCCUCCAUCCAAUGAAGCCACCUCCGUGCUUGCCUUCUGUAUUGGUCCCUCUUUAUUGUGUCUUCAUGAAAGAGCAGGACCCCGCCGACUUAGCACAUACUGAGGCCGAUACCUUUUGGGCGUUUCAAUCCCUCGUCAGCGAGUUUGGCGAACUGUAUGAACAGGAAGGGAGUCGCAAAUGGAUGAAGACCCUAAGUGAGAUGUUGACUGUAGCAGACAAAGAGCUCGCCGAAGACCUACACGCGAAAGGGCUAGACCCUGCACUGCCACAUUAUUCCUACUCUUGGAUCGCUGGUCUCCUGUCCCAGAAUCUUCCUUUCUCUUCUGCAUGCGCGGUAUGGGAUGUACUCCUGUCGAAACCCAUGAGAAGGCGAGACUCAAGCCCCAAGCUUGAUCUCCUUGUUGACAUCUGCACCGCUCUCCUUGUCCGAGCAAAGGUUCCUCUUAUGUGUUUAGGGAAGUCUGAACACCACGUUUCGACUCCAUGGGUCGAGGAAGACCUAGCCCGCAGACCACCUUCACCUCUCCGCCCAUGGGAGCUUAGCGAUGCUUUUUCCGAAGGAAUGACUUUGCUUCAGACCUACCCUGUUGAAACAGCAGGAGGAAUUGAUAGCAUCCUUCAAACUGCCCAUGACAUCUCUCAGAGACGAUCUGACGACGGUAAGGCUCAGAAUGCGACAACGUUAGGUUUGGGAGGGCGGCUGGCGAACGCCAUGUGGAAGGGCUUUACAAACCAAGUCUCCGAGGAAGGCGAGGAUUCGUCUCCGGAAGAAGAAUCUGAGGACAGCUCAGAAGAGGAGGUCGUUGAAGGUGCCGAAGAUGGAAAUGAGACAGAGACGCCCGGGCUUACUUCUCGCCUCGCUAACACCGUCUGGAGAGGUAUCACUAACCAAAGCUCAAUGGAUCCUGUCGAUUCUCCUCCGAGUCCUCUAUCGCCACCACAUUCUCCCCUCGCAUCCCCUCCACCACAGCUUGAAGCAGCCAAGGAGACUAAUCCAUCCUUCUCUCCUGGGCUUUGGAAUUACGCUGAAAAUCUGAAAGAUUCUGACGCGGCGGCAACAAUAGCCAAGGUAAGCUCGAACUGGCGAGCGAGAGCUUGGGAUGUCUGGAGUAGUCGAACCUCAAAAACGUCGAUGUCGGAAAUAUCUUCUCCUAUGAGCACAGUUUCUGAGCUCCCUCCUACGACCAAGGCCUCACCUUCUCUCCGUGACCACUUUCCUCAUGCUGGCAGGCGAGGCUCGUUGCCAGACAUCGUUGACAAUGACCUCCCACCACGGCCUGCUUUCUUCCGCCUACCGCGGGAUAGCUUCUUGCCUCAACCGCGGAGGGGCAACUCAUCGGCGACCGAUAAUCCUUCCAAUUCAGGUGCACACGGAAGUGACUCCCUGUAUAACAUGUCUUUGGCUUCUUUAUCCAGUAUUUUAGGCAAUCCGAAAUCUCCAUCUCCAUCCGCUGGCCCUACCGCGAAUGGAAGCGGACCUCGACCAUUGCUACUUACCUCACACUCACCGAUCACCCCUCGCACUUUUGCUUCAGCAAACUCAUCUUCGCGGUCGACUAGCACAACCUCAAUCACGCAGUGGUCCAAUAUACCGAUCGGACAUUCGACACAAGCCUCUGUAUCCUCUCUGUCAUCCCUCUCACCAUCUGAAGCUUUCUUCAUAUCGGCAAGACAGAGCGCAACGUCCCGGUCUGACCGGGAGUCGGAUCUUGGAGGAAACCGUAGCAAACGCGUUUUAUUAAAUCGAAAGUCUGUGUCUCCAAUGGCACCUGCUCAUCGGGCUUUGCACCUUCAACAAGGAUCGAAAUUAUCUGGUACAACAUCAGACACCGGAUCUACGGGUCGAUUGGGUAUCUCAAGUUCAAGGACAUCGUCCAUUGACUCUGGAAAGCGGUGGAGCCAAGGUACAGAGCAGUGGGAUUCUCCGACUUCAGCGUCGUCCCCCAUGCGACCAGUAACUCCUCCGAGCAACCCACCCCCAACCAUGAAUGAUCUGGUCGAUAACUCACAAGAAACGAGAACUACAAUUUCCAAGUCAAUGUUUGCUGCAUCCAGAGCUUCACUGGAUGUAGGGGAUGAUACAUCUGAUUCAGAAGCGUCGAAGACACCUUCAAAGGGCACCCAACCUCGGUUCAGACGACCCUCAAAGCCUCCAACGAUCCGUACCGGUGAUAGUCUGCGAUCAGAGUUGACAAAGACAAAGACCAUCAGCCCGAGUUCUCUGAAUGCUCCCGAUGAUCACGACCUCGCUGCCCUGACUCCCCGCGCAGAAGAGUUUGACUCUAGUAGACCCACGUCACCUUCGCUCACGCUACCGCAAGAGGCUAUUGCUGAUACACCAUCGGCUGGUGUAAAGAGUAACCAAGAGCAUGGCCAUGAGCAGCCUGCUCAUCCGCGCAAGGCUUUGAAUAGUUCUUCUACGCAGCAAAGUGACAGCGCCGCUGAAGAUGGCGACGACGAAGGUUAUGACGAUCUACUCAGUGUUUAUGAAAGCGAAGAAGGCGGCGAUUAAUGGCAGACUAAUAUCUCCUUGCGGCGGACCCUUCACAGGUACUUAGAUGUAACAUUUCAUAUUAAUGUUUAUGGCUAGAUACUGGAACUAAGUAGAGAACCCCCAUGCGCCGCUCAGGAUUUACGCGACCUAAUAGACCAUGCUUAUGAAUCUGACAAGUGUGGGUGGCCGACAUCGGAUAAUUGUUUACGAAUUUCAUGUCUCGAUGGUUCCGAAGUUAUCUUGGUCUGCACCCUGUUAUAAACUUCGACCAAUACAGGAAGAUAAGGCAGGAUAUUCCGAUAUGCCACAUGCAAAGUCAUGGAACCAGAGCUAGAAUGUUUCACGGCCGCUAGAUAGUAGCGAAUGUCCCAUCGUCGCAGACCUUCGUGAAUGAUGAAGUUGUCCAAGGACGCUAGUGGAACAAAAUCCUUGGACACAUAAAACGUGCAUAGAGAUGGGAGACCAUGGUGUGACUCUAGCUGAAUGCCACGAAGGGGGAAAAUAAGAACGGAUUCGUGCAGAACCUGGCUGCACCUAUACCUGGCUAAAGCCAAUGUAGUGCAAGCUAUGACCAGAUGCGCCAAGAAACCUCCUCUGAGCUAACCUGUUGCCUUACAUCAGACAUCUACAAGGUAGAGCUAACCCUCACCUUUUCCCAUACGAGCGAAAGGGCUAGAAAGACUACCACAUCCCACCACUCCCAUGUAGACGUCCCGCGAACAAUUCUCCCACUCCCAUCACGGGCCAGCCUCCAAUUCUCAAUGCGGAAUUCCUGGUAUCCUGGAUGUUCUAUGACUGUCAGCUCUGGGUGGGUGUGAGGAAGAGGAUGAGUGAGUCGCAUGCAUUGAGAUAUCGACGUUGGCGUGUC